AAAUAAAUUAUUAUGCACUACUUGGCAUACGUGGAAGUUUACCAUUGGCUUGGUUAAAUAUGUUUGUAUGGUGACGAUAUGCAAUAGUGCAACAAUAUCUUCCAUUAAAUUGGACCAAGAUUCAAGAGCUUUAUUCAAGGAGUUUGUUUUUUUGUUAUGCCAUUGCCAAAUCCCCAACCCAAAUGUUCUAUUGUUUGUCAUUCCAACGUGGAUAGCAUAAUAGAAGCACAAAGAUUUCUUCUAAAGUACUUCUCUGUUAAUUGUUUCUCAUCUCUCUUUCUAUAGAUAUAAUCCUUAGCCAAACUUUGGAGGAUGUGAAGAAUUAAGAGCUCUUGGGGUUGGACUUUUUUCUUUUGGAAAAAUAAGAGGUAAUACUAAGAAAUUUCUUCACCAGAGAAGUGAUUGAAUGGCAAAAGUUUGCUGGCCAUACUUUGAUCCUGAGUACGAGAACUUCAGCAACAGAAUCAACCCUCCAAGGGUCUCUAUGGACAAUGAUAGUUGCCAUGAUUGUACACUGAUCAAGAUUGAUAGCGUCAAUAAACCCGGAAUUCUGCUGGAAGUCGUGCAAAUCCUGACAGACCUUGAUUUCAUAAUUACCAAAGCUUACAUAUCUUCUGAUGGUAGUUGGUUUAUGGAUGUAUUUCAUGUCACGGAUCAGCAAGGAAAAAAGAUAACAGACAACAAAAUUAUUGACUUCAUUGAAAAGGCUCUAGGACCAAAGGGCCGCAAGAGCCCAGAAGGUGUGAAGAGUUGGGAAGGCAAACGGGUUGGCAUUCACUCCAUUGGUGAUCAUACAGCCAUUGAGCUCAUUGGUCGGGACCGCCCAGGUCUUUUGUCUGAGAUAUCAGCUGUCCUGGCAAGCUUCCAAUUCAAUGUGAUUGCAGCUGAAGUUUGGACUCAUAACAGGCGAAUAGCAUGUGUACUUUAUGUCAAUGAUGCAACAAACCAAGCUGUGGAUGAUGAUUCAAAAAGAUUGUCUCUUCUUGACGAGAAGCUCAACCACAUCCUUCGUGGUUGUGAGGAUGAUGACAAUGUGGCCCGGACCAGUUUCUCCAUGGGUUUCACCUUCACCCACAUGGACAGAAGGCUCCACCAAAUGUUGUUUGCUGAUAGGGAUUAUGAGAGUGCUGGUGGAGUAACAACAGCAACAAAUGUUGAUUCUCCUCCCUCUUUCAGGCCCAAUAUUGAAAUAGAACGUAUUGAAGAAAAAGGCUACUCAGUGGUUAGUGUGAGAUGCAAAGAUCGGGCAAAAUUGAUGUUUGACAUUGUCUGCACUCUUACUGACAUGGAAUAUGUUGUUUUUCAUGCCUCCAUCUCAUCUGAUGGGCCUUAUGCUUCACAGGAGUACUUCAUUAGGCACGUGGAUGGAUGCACACUUGACACUGAAGGGGAGAAAGAAAGGGUCAUUAAAUGCAUUGAAGCAGCUAUUCAAAGAAGAGUAAGCGAGGGUGUGAGCCUUGAGCUGUGUGCAAAGGAUAGAGUGGGCUUGCUGUCUGAAGUGACUAGGAUUCUACGAGAGAACGGCUUAACAGUUUGUAGGGCAGGUGUGUCAACCAUAGGAGAGAAAGGACUAAAUGUUUUCUAUGUGAGAGAUGCAUAUGGGAACCCUGUGGAUAUGAACAUCAUUGAAGCACUGCGUAAAGAAAUCGGCCAGACUGUGAUGGUCAAUGUGAAGAAGGUACCAGCCAACACCAAAGCACCAGAAACGUCUCGAGGAUGGGCUAGAGUAAGCUUCUUCUUUGGGAACUUGUUCGAAAGGUUCUUGACUUAAUUAAAAGGGUUAAGAAUCAUGCACCUGAUUCUGAUUCUGGUUGCUUGUGAUUUGUAAAUGACACAAAACAAAUGUAUGAAUAAGAAUAAAGCUGUGUGUCAAACUUGGACAGUACUUGAACUUUGUCCUUUUGUUUUAAACCAAACAAUGCUUGUAAGAUGUUACUUGUAUUCCAUCUUCCCUAUCAUAUCAUGUCCAUCUCAUGUAUCUUACUUAAUUUAACUAUAGUCUUUAGUGUCUUUCUACAUGAGUGUGUUGUAUGUAUACAAGCAGACAGAUAUUUGAAGUAUAUUUGCAGAAAA